UGAAGUCAUGACGGCACAUCUCAACGCGCGCUGGAUAAUUUCGUCAUGGUCCUAAAGCCGCCUACUCUUGUCUGCGACUGAACGAUUAAUUCAUAUUCAAAGAUAUUAAGGGGACAACCGUCCGAGCUACGAGCAAAUAAAGCAGCAUCAGGAUGGCCUCACCCCAACCAGGCAGCCCUCCAUCGACAGAGCAUUAUACACCACCACCUUCUGAGACAGAGCCAAGCAAAGAUCAAGAGAACUUAUCUGAACAACCAACAAGAAAAAGAGGCAAAGGACGGCCUGCAAAAACUCUGCACACUUUUAAAUGCUCAACCUGUCAGGAUGCCUUUGGCAGCCCAUCAACUCUGCAGAGUCACAAGCUAUCAGUGCAUGGUAAAGACAAACAGCAGCAAUACAGCUGUGGUAAAUGCACUAAGACUUUUUCCAGCCGUGCACAGCUUUCCAAGCAUCAGCGCUCCCAUUCUGUUCAGCGUCCAUUCCAGUGCCCGCAAUGUCAUAAGGCUUAUAAGACAGCGAUAGAGUUACGCAACCACGGCCGUUCGCACUCAGGCGAAAGGCCUUUUGUUUGUACUGACUGUGGCAAGGCAUUUAUGCAGGCUAUUUGCCUGCGCAUCCACAUGACGCAGCACAGCGGCGAGAGGCCGUACUCCUGCCCUCAUUGCUCUAAGAGCUACCCCACGUUAUCUAAGCUGAAAGUGCAUCAACGGACACACACUGGUGAGAAGCCUUACUUUUGUGCAGAAUGUGGCAAGAGUUUUGCUGACCCGUCGGUAUACCGUAAGCACAGGCGUAAUCACCAAGGUCACCGCCCGUAUUCUUGUGAUCAGUGUGGUAAAACAUACACAGAACUGAAGGACUUGAAGAACCAUGAGCGUUCACAUACGGGGGAGAAGCCUUACCUGUGCUCCGACUGUGGCAAAGCCUUCUCCCGGUCGUCAUCUUUAGCGUGCCACUUGCGAAUUCACUCUAAAAGCAAGCCAUACCAGUGUGAACAGUGUGGGAAAGGUUUUACUCAGCUCUCUUCUUACCAGUCUCACCUUCGUACACACUCGGGUGAAAAGCCCUUUCUAUGUCCACAGUGUGGCAAGAUGUUUUCAGAUCCCUCUAGUUUCCGACGACACCAGAGGGCACAUCAAGGAUACAAGCCGUACCCGUGCGAUAAGUGCACGAAAAGGUUUCGUCAGCCGGCUGACCUUGCGGUGCAUCAGCGCGUGCAUUCCGGUCAACGGCCCUACAAAUGCCAAAGCUGUGAUAAAGCUUUCGUAGCUUCCUGGGAUCUGCGGCGGCAUAUGCUGGUUCACACCGGUCUGCGGCCUUUCUCUUGCACGGAGUGUGGCAAGUCCUUUGCAGAACGCUCCAGUCUGAACAAACACAGGAGGGUGCAUUCGGGUGAGCGUCCCUUCAAAUGCCAGCUGUGUUUCAAGUCAUUUGUUGUUUCUUCUAGUUUGCGCAAACAUGAGAAGACGCACUUAGCUGAAAGGCCCUUGGAGGACCAACCUGCUCCAGAAUCUUCUCAAGUGUUCCCCACCACUCUACCCCAGUUCUCCUGCUCUCACUGUGAUAUGAUAUUUGGGACAUGGGAGGAGGUGCAGGCCCAUACCACCCUUCACACAAUCUCUCCCCCAGCUGAUUCUACAGUGUCGGCUUUACCUGUGGGUCCACACGUUUGUGUGACCUGCCAGGCGGAGUUUGUUCAGCUGGCUGAUCUGCAGGCUCAUGAGAAAAUGCACCCUAAGCCACGACCCCACGUCUGUGACAAUUGUGGUAAAGCUUUCCUGAAUAAAGCCGGCCUUCGUAAACAUCAGCGCAUCCACUCUAACAGUCGUCCCCAUUGCUGUGGUGUUUGUGGCAAGGCCUUUCUCUUUGCCGCCUACCUUCGCAAACAUUUACGCACUCACCGUGACACAGAGUCCACAGCCUCCCUGCCACAGACGGACAUUGUACAUAGCCAACCCCUCCCAUCUCCACCAAGCACUACAUCACCUGAGUCAACUUCUAUUUCUGUGUUCCUGUGACCGUAUCAGCAUCGGCAUUCCAGACAAUUCCAACCCAUGUAUAUAUGGACAAGGACGAGGGACAUUUUUGUAAUUAAGAAUUCUGAAAAAUGUUAAAAUAUCAUUUUAAAAUUUGACAAAAAUGUCUCCGUGCAUUAACAUUAAAAUUGACUUAAUUUGCCCUGUGAUUGAAGUUAUCUUUUGUUAAAGUUUAUUUAUCUUGUGCCAAGAUUGCCAAGCUUUUUUAAGGUGUCUUAUUAAAGUGCAGAGAUUUUUUUGUAUUGUAUCAUAAGCACAGGUGUAACCUGAUUCAUGUUAUAAUGUAGGCUAUACACUUUCAAUGAGUGUAAUAUUUGAAUGAGUGUUUACUGAGGAGAUUACUUCAUCAAUAAAAAUCAAUAAAAAAAUUCUCACAGCUGACUAUAAAAAUUAUAUUUUUUAAAGUAUGUAAAUGCGGUUUUAAAUGCUUUGUCGAAGCACCAAACCAUAUAGAGAUUAAUUUUUCAUUAUGCUUUAUGUUUGCAUAAUACAAAGUUAAACUGUAUCACCCCUGCUAAAAAACAAUAGACACCAUCACAGAAAUUCUAUUGGUUUUAUUGGGAGUUUUAUUGGUUUUAAUGGAAUAUGGCCCAAAACACACUACAGUGUAACGUUAUUGGUCUUUGUUGGUCUCUAAUGGUAUGUACUGGUUCUAAUGGAAUAUGGCCCAAAACACACUACAGUGUAGUGGUUUUAAUGGUAAAAGCUAAUGGUUCCUAUUGGUAUUUUAAUGGUAACCAUUAGAAUUUUCUGCAAUGGUUUUAUUGUUUUGUUUUUCAGCAGGAACUGAACUAUAUAUUUUCCAAAAAAUUAUUCAGGUCCUUCAUAGAACUGACGCAUUUAAACAUUGAUGACAUUUUUUAAAUGUAUUGACAAUUAAGUAUUAAUGUCUAACGUGUGUCUAACAUAAAAAUGUAAAGUAUGUGUUGGAAUUACUGUAGCCGUAUGCGCAUGCGCGUAACAAGCUCAAACACCGCGCGCCCAGGUGUUUGGCCGCAUUUUCCUCAUUUCCUCAUUUAGUAGAUUGGAUCUACUGUAUGCGGCGCUUGCUGUUGUUGUUGUUGCAGUCUUCUUUCUUUUAAAUGUGGCAGCCCUACAGAUACAUCAAUUAGGGUUCAGUUAAGAGUGGAGCAAAAAAGUGGGAGAAACCAUACUGAUGACGCUUAGACUUUUGCAGAACUUAUACAAUGAAAAGCUCAGAAUGACAUCAGUGCUGGACAAACACACAAGUCCACCAACGCCCUAAGAAACGG